UUUUAAUUAAUUAAAUUUCCAUAAAUUGUUAUUCAAUAUUAAAAAAAUAAUAAUAAAUGAUAUAAGAAGAAAAAUGUUUUAACUGUCUAGAAGAAUUUCUAGACUCUACAUUUUAAUCUCAUUAGGUUCUCUAUCUUGGUAUGAGUGGUAAUAAAAUGGGUGAUGAAGGUGUAUCAAGCUUAGGUUCUGGUUUGGAAAAAUGCACUAAUCUCUUUAAUUUGACACUUAAUCUUGAUAGGAAUAAAAUUGGUGAUAAAGGUAUAUCAUACUUAGGUUCUCACUUAGGAAAGUGUACUAAUCUCUCAAAUUUGACACUUAAUCUUAUGGAUAAUAAUAUUGAUGUAAUUGAUGCAGUUGGUGCUCCAGACUUAGGAUUUGGUCUAGGAAAGUGCACUAAUCUCUCAAAUUUAGCACUCUUUCUAAGUGGAAAUCAAAUUGGUGAAGAGGGUGCUUCAGGCUUAGGUUCUGGUUUAGGAAACUGCCUUAAUCUCUCAAAUUUAACACUUAACCUUUAUGGUAAUAAAAUUGGUGAUAAAGGUACAUCAGGCUUAGGUUCUGGUUUAGGAAAGUGCAAAAAUCUCUCAAAUUUAACACUUAAUCUUUCUGACAAUGCAAUCGGCGUUGAAGGUGCAUCAGGCUUAGGUUAUGGUUUAGGAAAGUUCGUUAAUCUCCAAAAUUUGACACUUUAUCUAUGUAAUAAUAUAAUUGGUGAUGAAGGUGCUUCUGGCUUAGUCUCUGGUUUAGGAUAGAGCACUAAUCUCUCAGAUUUGACACUUGAUCUAAGUAAUAAUAAAAUAUGUGCAAUUGGUGCAUCAGGCUUUGGUUCUGGUUUAGAAAACUGCACUAGUCUUUCAAAAUUGACUCUUGAUUUUAGGUAUAAUAUAUUUGGUGAUGAAGGUGUAUCAGGCUUAGGUUAUGGUUUAGGAAAAUGUGCUAAUCUCUUUAAUUUGUCACUUAUACUAAGUGGCAAUAAAUUCGGUGGUGAAGGUAUAUCAGGCUUAGGUUCUGGUUUAGGAAAAUGCAAUAAUCUCUCAAAUUUGGAACUUUAUCUUAAUGACAUUAAAAUAGAUGAUAAAAGUAAAUCAGAUUUAGGUUCUAGUUUAGGAAAUUUCACUAAUCUUUCAAAUUUGAUAUUUUGUCUAAGUGGUAAUGAAAUUGGGGAUUAAGGUGCAACAAGCAUAGGUUUUGGUUUAGAAAGGUGCACUAAUCUCUCAAAUUUGAAACUUGUUCUACCUUUUAAUGAAAUUGGUGAUGAAACUGCUUUAUGCUUAGUUUCUAGUUUAAGAAAGUGCACUAAUCUCUCAAAUUUGGAACUUAAUUUAAUUGGUAACAAAAUCAACGAACCAUAAUAAUUGAAAGUAAAUUGUCUCAAGCUAAAAAAAUUAGUUUUCUUUGAAUAUUUUGAUGAUUAAUGGUGAAAAAAGGAUGAAUAAAUAUAAAAAUAUUUUCAAAAAUAUAAUAUGUUAUAUAUAUUUUAUAAUUCAUAAUUUAAACUAAAAUAGAGAUAGAUAGAUUUUGUUAUUAUUUUUAUAUUUAUAAAUAUCAUAUUUUCGUAAUUUAAUAAAUUGCUUAUUAAACAAACAAAUUUACUUAAAUAAAGUAAUCUGUCUAAAGUCAGCCAUCACCUUUAGAGAUUUUAAAGAGGGUAUAUAUUGUGAAUAAAUUUACAUAUUUUCUGUAAUUCCUCAAAAAAUUGGAGGUUGAGUCAGGUCUCUGGCUAUCUAAUAUAUAAUGUUUUUCAAGAAAAUAUGCAGCAAAUCAUUAUUAAGAAGUGAGCUUGAGAUUUACCUUCCAAAUACUCCUAAGAACAUUAAGAGAGUAAAAACACUGUAAAUAGAAGCUAAUAUUUAAGGAAGAGCUAAAAAUUAGAUUUGAGUAUUCUAUACAAUUUCAUCAAGAUAGAUAAAAAUACUGCUUAUGCUUCCAACUCCUACUUGCUCCUCAGAUUGCACUCUAUCUGUAGGCUAAUCCUACUA